GCAAGAAGAAGUAAAGAACUGCUCUGAGCCCAAGGACGUUCUGCUAAAUGUAUGGCAAUCGUUACCUCCGCCGCUAUUUUAUCAAAAGAUUACUCUCAAGCCACAAAAGAGAAACAGUUGUGCUGAACGGCGAGGCUGGUGGCAAACAUUACCUUUGGUUAUAUAA